CUCAUUUCCUGGACAUUUAUUUUAGCAGUGAACCAAAAGAUUGGGCAAUUCUCUAUUGCGUCUUCAGCUCAAAGGGGGCGCAUAAGUGGUGAUGACACGAUUCAUUUGUACGAUUAAAAAACGGAGAGAAGGAUAAGAGUGGCUGGACGAUAACGCGUCCCAUUAACGUUCUCCAGUUUUCAUGGGAAUCAUCCUUUGUAAUGCUGUUCAGCAACAUAUGGAAAACCAUCUCGUUACCUCACUGCGUCCUUCUUCGCAAAGCAACUUGCCACGGUUUUGUUUGGUCUGCAUGAAUGAGUCUGUCCCAACGCCAAAUAAACAAGACGAAGAGAAAGAAGAAGAAAAAACUUCCUCCCCAGAUGCUCCCGCCCUUUACCCCCAUGCCUAUGCCUAUGCCCAUGCUCAUGCCCAUGCUUAUGCCCAUGCUUGCGCCCACGCCCACAAGUGUACUUCUUAGCACCUUGCCGCCUACCGCAGAAGCCACAAUCCAUGACCAUUCGACAGGGCCCAUCAUUGAGCGGGAGGGAUUACACGAUCGUGUACCUCGCUGUACGGGCGCAAGGAAACUGGUGCCCAAGAACACAAUCGAACCUUGUGAUCAAGAAUGUUCGAGAGAUAUUGCUUUGGAGGUGAAGGCGCCUAUUAAGAACCUCGCUUACAAAGACCCCAUCUCCCCAGGGUGCACCUGUGACCUAUCACAGGACGCGAUUAUCGGUGGCGAACCGGUUUGUGAUCGACACUUGGUCUCACCCUCGGGCGCACGCGCCGAUUCUCUUUUGCUUCUGUUUUCGGACUCGAAGUGGACCUAUCACAAGCGUGUCGUUCCAUACACUGGGCGGUCUAAACGGGUGCUGGCAGUCUAAAUGAGAGAGCCCUUCCUUGCUGCGGAGGCCCUGCCCCUUUCAGGAGGGCUCUUCCGAGGGAUAGACGGUGGCAGUGUUUCAAGGG